AUGGAAAAAAAGUUGCAGAGUGUGGAAGAUGUGUUACAGAAGACGGAAAGCAAGUUGCUGAAAAUAGAGAACGAGUUCCAGGAAUAUCGCUCCAGCCAAGAACAGAGUCAAAAAGAAAUGUUCGCUGUACUUCGUAAAUUGGAAAAUCAAGCCGCGCUUAAUUUAAGCGAGCUUCAUAAUCGAAACCAGGAGAAGGUUCAUACAGCAUUGCAUGAACUUGAUCGUAACCUAAGACGUGUGCUACAAAAUCAAUACAAUCAACCUUACGCUACCUCAUGCAAGGAUGUACCAUCGCUCAUCUCUGGAACAUAUCUGAUCCGCGUGAAAAGUGCUAGCACACCUUUCACAGUGUACUGUGAGCAACAACAGUUUGGAGGUGGAUGGAUCGUGUUUCAGUACCGUUACGACGGAUCACUGGACUUUUACCGAGGCUGGAACGAGUUCCGCGACGGAUUCGGUGAUUUGAAUAAAGAGUUUUGGUUGGGUCUUGAGAAGGUCCAUCAGUUAACAAGUGGCCGUAAGCACGAACUGAUUGUGGAAUUGAAAAACUUCAACGGAACCUACAUAUAUGCGCGGUAUGAUGCAUUCGAAAUAGGUAAUGAGAGUGACCAAUACGACGUAAAGAAUAUCGGAAAGUAUAGUGGAACUGCAGGUGAUAUUAUGUCACAUUAUGAGGGUGUGAAGUUUUCAACUAAAGAUCGGGAUAACGAUGCGUACAGCAACAACUAUUGUCUUCCUCUCUUCGAAGGCGCAUGGUGGCACAAGUAUUGUACUUUGGCGAAUUUGAACGGCCGGUACAUGAAUGAUGACGAUCGCAAAUCAAUGCAUUGGGGAAAUUACAAACAAAACCGACAAAAAUUGAGCUUCUCACGAAUGAUGAUCCGGGAGCUGAGAUAGCAAUUCUAGUAUAGUCAAUCUAUCAUUGCUGUAUGCUGAAUAAACAACCAACAAUAGCAA